AUGGAGUUUCUGCUGCUGCGCAGAGCGGAUCCAGACAUCGAGAGCCCCGAAAGCCAAGGAGGCAGCGCCCUCUGCGUAGCAGCAGCCCAAGGAGAAUAUGCGGCAGUCGCCCAUCUGCUGAGCACACGAGCAAACCCGAACUUUCGAAGCCCCUUCACCGCGCCGCCCCUCGUCUUGGCAUGCAGGCAGGACGAACCCGACACCGCGCAACUGCUGCUGCAAGCGCGAGCCCACACCGGAGAACCCGCGCUGCGAGGCUUGCACUUGCGCGAGAUCGAGUUCAUCACCAGAAAGAGCUGGACACAUGAACUUCUCCUCGGUCACAUCAAACAGAAAUCACGAGACUCCAGGAAGGCCACCUGGACACCAGGCCGCUUCGCAAAACGACACCGACGUCUCAAGCAGAAGGCGUCCCCACGAGGCAGCGGAAAAAUCAUUGAAAUCAAGUACAUCGAAUCCACCGCAGCUGGCAAGCGGAAGAUGCUGAGCGGCUCGACGACUGUCACAAGGGGGCGCCGACCAGCUCGGGCGGAGACGCGACGAGCCUCACCUGUGCACGGCCUUCUAGGCCGGCGUGGAAAGUGA